UUUUACUGGACUAUUGUUGACGUUCGAAAUCUCGCGCCACGCGCCAUCUUGAACAGUCGUUGCGACAUCUGUGCCGAAGCAUCGCGUCCGUCAUUUUGCAAAUAACGCACUCGCCGGAUUCCCGUUGUUGCUGAUGCGGAGUUUGGGAAUCAAGAAAAUAAAUAGAUCUAUUUAAUCGAAUUCCGUAUAAGAGAUAAGUGUUAAUUGUUGCAAUGGCUGAUGUUCUGGAUAUUGACAAUGCGGAAGAGUUCGAGGUCGAUGAAGAAGGAGACCAGGGAAUCGCAAGACUAAAGGAGAAGGCGAAGAAGAGGAAAGGACGUGGACAUGGAGCAGAGCUUGUUUCCACAAGAGACGAUGUUGGUCAUUAUGAGUCCAUGCAUGUAGUUGAAGAUGAUAAUGAACCUGGCCCACAAAGAUCUGUAGAAGGCUGGAUUUUAUUCAUCACAUCCGUCCAUGAAGAAGCUCAGGAAGAUGAUAUUCACGACAAGUUUUCCGAAUUUGGCCAGAUCAAAAAUUUGCAUCUCAAUUUGGACAGAAGGACAGGCUUUUUGAAAGGCUAUGCACUUGUAGAAUAUGAAACCUUUAAAGAAGCACAAGCUGCUAAGGAUGCGUUAAACGGAUCAGAAAUUCUUGGCCAAGCAGUAGGAGUUGACUGGUGUUUCGUUAAGGGACCAAAGAAAUUAAAAAAGAGGAGUGGCAGAAGGCGAUAGAAAACAUUUUCCGAGACUUUAUGAAUAAAUAACUACGUUCUUUAUCUAUUUUUCACUAUUGUAAACAUUCAGAUUAAGUAAUGUAAUAUUUUAUUUUACCUUUAAGAUUUUUCACUUUGGAACUCUGGUUUCAAUUGAUGACCAAAAGAUUGUAGCCCUAUUCAGCAAUUAAAGAUAUUUUGUUCACGAA